AUGAGGCCAAAGGAUGCAGAGAUUAAGGGAAUUAAGCCCAAUAUUGUCGAUGAAUAUUCUUUGUCUCAGGAGAACGGUUCUUCCCACGAUUCAUGGAAAAGUUUAAUAGCGUCAGCGAAGAAUACCUCUUUACAGUAUAACAAUAUGAAUCGUGAAAGCCUAAAAAAAUUCUUCAAGCCGAAUGCACAAAUCAUUGAUAAUCCUUUAGACACGCCUAUUCAGUUUAGAGUGUGUGAAAAAUGUGGUAAACCGUUGACUUUGACAGCAAUUGUGGAUCACUUAGAAAAUCAUUGUACGGGAAUCUUUGGAAAAAAUAACAUAGAUUCAAGAGAUGAAAGUACUAAUGAAACUGUACGAAAUGGAACAGAACCAACUGGCGCUAACAACAAUGAUAAUGAUGAUGACAACAACAAUGAUAACAACAAUGAGGACGAUGAGGACGAUGAGGGUGAGGACGGUGAGGACGAGGACGAUGACGAUGAGGAUGAGGACGAUGAGGGAGAUGAUGAUGAUGAUGAUGAUGAUGAUGAUGGUGAUACCAAUAGUGCCAAUGAUAAAAAGAGUGAUUCUUCUUUUAAUCCUUUAAAAAGAUCGACAUCUAUGGAAUCUGCUAACACACCAAAUAUGGACACAAAGAGAUCUAAAACUGGAACUCCUCAAACCUCCAGCUCUUCCAUCAGAAAACAAAAGAAAGUCAAACAAAGAAAUCCAACGGAAAAACACCUAAUUGAUUUCAAUAAGCAAUGUGGUGUAGAAUUACCUGAGGGUGGCUAUUGUGCACGUUCGUUGACAUGUAAAUCCCAUUCAAUGGGUGCGAAGAGGGCAGUUUCUGGUCGUUCCAAGCCCUACGACGUCUUGCUUGCUGACUAUCAUAGAGAACAUCAAACAAAAAUUGGUGCAGCAGCCGAAAAACGUGCUAAGCAACAAGAGCUACAGAAGUUGCAAAAGCAAAUACAAAAAGAGCAGAAAAAACAUACUCAACAACAGAAGCAAGGCCAGAGGACGAAGCAAAGAAAUACAAAUGGUGUAAAGUCCGCCAAAAACGGAAAUAAAAAUACUGCAAACAACACUAACAACAUCAACGAGGUAGGACACGUUAAUCUAACACCUGAAGAGGAGACCACUCAGGUUCUAAAUGGCGUAUCCCGGUCUUUCCCGUUACCUUUAGAGUCAACAGUACUGUCAUCAGUUAGAUAUAGGACUAAAUAUUUUAGAAUGAGGGAAAUGUUUGCCUCAUCGUUUUCGGUAAAACCAGGAUAUACUUCUCCAGGUUAUGGUGCGAUACACUCUCGUGUUGGGUGUUUAGAUUUAGAUAGGACAACAGAUUAUAAAUUUCGUGUUAGAACACCACAGCCAAUUAACCAAAUAGCAAACCAAAAUCUCAAUCCGAAACAAAUACAAAGAUUACAACAGCAAAGAGCUUUACAGGCACAGCUACUCUCUCAGCAGCAGCAGCAGCAACAACAACAGCAGCAGCAACAACAACAACAGCAGCAACAACAGCAGCAACAGCAACAGCAACAACAGCAGCAACAACAACAACAACAACAACAGCAGCAGCAGCAGCAACACCUAGUACAGGCCCAGGCUAAUACGCAAUCGCAGACUCAGAGUAUAGUUCCCAACCAUUUCCCGAGCGGGGCAACCAACUCGUCAUUCAAUGCAAAUAUAAUGAGUAAGCAAGUUCAUGAACAGCAGCAGCAGCAUAAACUUCAAGAUACAGGUCUUACACCACUGGAGAUACAAUCGCAACAACAAAAACUACGACAACAACAACUACAACAGCAAAAGUUUGAAGCUGCUGCUUCAUAUUUAGCCAACGCUACGAAAUUGAUGCAAGAAUCAAAUCAAGACAACCAUAUACCUAGUAAUCCCAACAAUAACAAUGGUAAUAAUAGUAAUAAUGGUAAAAAUAACUUAUUGACUAUGAAAGCGUCCAUUAGUUCCCCUAAUGCUACCGUAAAUGGUAUGCAGUCUUCUCCUGGUAUCAACAGCAUUAAUAAUUCUGGACAAGGUGUAUCUGCCGGUAUUAAUGGCUCUAGCAAUAAUGGACGGAUUGAGGUAGGUAUCGGAAAUUCUGUGAAUCCCUAUAAUGGCAGAGUAAACUGA